UCCAAAGGCACGCUCCAUGCGGCGCAAGGUCAUAAUGCACGUAGGCCCUACCAAUAGUGGAAAGACUCAUAUGGCAUUACGUGCACUUGCUGCUGCUAGAGUGGGCGUUUAUGCAGGCCCUCUACGGCUUCUUGCGCACGAAAUUUGGGAGAGACUUAAUAAAGGACAGAUCGUUCCACUGGGUGUAGAUCCCGACGAUGAAGCACAACCAGACACCACGCUCAUUGCAGAUGUGGUUAAUACUGAAGGAUCUCGGCCAACAGUCAGAAAAGAGGGGAGUUCUAAAUAUGCCAGAGAAUGCAACUUACGUACUGGAGAAGAAGCCAGAUAUGUUUCAGACUCUGCAGGGUUGCUGAGCUGUACCGUGGAGAUGAUCACGGAGUCUGCAGAGCUAGAUGUCGCCGUGGUGGAUGAAAUCCAGAUGAUUGCCGACACUGACCGUGGAGCAGCUUGGACUCAUGCUGUCUUGGGUUUGCCGGCUAGGGAACUCCAUCUCUGUGGGGAGGAGACUGCAGUUCCCAUCAUUGAGGAACUCUUAAAAGACACUGGCGAUGAACUUAUCGUCAAACGGUACGAAAGACUUACACCACUGGUUGUCCAAGAGGAGUCUUUGGAAGGAGAUCUCAACCGAGUACAGAAGGGUGAUUGUGUCGUGACUUUUUCUCGAUCGAACAUCUUCGCACUCAAACAGAAGGUUGAGCGGGCUACUGGACUACGAUGUGCCGUUGCAUAUGGUCGUCUACCCCCCGAGAUCCGUAGCGAGCAAGCUGCACUGUUCAACGAUCCGAAUAGUGGUUACGAUGUAAUGAUUGGUAGCGAUGCCAUCGGAAUGGGUCUUAAUUUGAAAAUCAAGCGUAUAGUGUUUGAAGCUUUACGCAAGUUUGACGGUGACCGCGAGAGGAUGUUAUCCACGUCUCAGAUCAAGCAGAUAGCAGGUAGAGCUGGACGUUAUGGUUUACACGGCGAACCAGGUGGUUUCGUCACGACACUAAAUGCUGAUGACUUGCCUGCACUACGAUCUGCUCUUUCGAUGCCUGCGGAUCCUCUUACUAUGGCACGACUUGUCAUCAAAAGUUCGUGGUUGGACUCGGUAUCGCAGGUAUUACCCCCAGACGCUUCAUUAUUGACGAUUUUCGAGGUCCCUGGCUAUGUAUCCAAAGUCCGUCAGCCUUUUCAGGCCACGACCCAACACAGGUUAGACGAGAUGGCGAAAUUCGUCGACACAUUCGCCAACGACCUCACUUUUGAAGACAAAUUGCUCUAUAUGUCUGCACCUAUUUCAUGGUCGGACCCUGCAUUUUUGGAGGUGCUUAAACGGUUCGUUCGCAUGUAUCAGAGCCAAAUACGUGUCGAUAUCUACACUGCAUUGCGAUCGGCACCAUUCCUACCCAUGUUGACUGAGAUAGAGGAGUUAAUGUCGACUGGACAGUUACGGUUUUCGCCGUCACCCAAGACUCUCCCCACUCUGGAGACACUGCAUAAAGUGUUGGUGCUCUACAUGUGGCUAGGUAACCGUAACGGGAUGGCAUACUACCAAAGGGAUGAAGUUUAUGACCUCAAGGUACGCACGGAACAUGCGCUGGAGUGGUGCCUGGAGAAACUAUCGAAACUUCGAUACAAGAGAGAAUCAGGAUUUGCGAAGACCGAAGUGGAAAACAAAAUUGAUUAUCGAAAUGGGCCAAAAUCUUCUGUUGAAAGUGAUGCUAAGCGGAUGAGAGCGAUGCUGUUAGCUGAAGCUUUGGUGGAAAAAUCUGGGGCGAUAAGCCAAUAGACAAGAUAUCUUAUUUUUGCUCCCCCUCUCAGUUGAUUAGUUUUAGAGUUCAGGUAAAAUAAUUGGUGCUUAGACGUAGCAUAAUCGAAUCAAUGUAUGGGCUUGAUAACACCUCAGCAUAUGGACAUAACUCU